GGCCUCUGUUUAUCCUCUUGUCUCAGUUCUGGUAGCUAGGGUCAAAUCCGUGUAGUGACCUACUCUCAGGGCACUCAGCUCCUAGGUCCGAGUCCACCUUUGAUACUUGGCCUUGCUCCCAGCCCCCGGCACUGGGCUCGGGGGCGUGGCGCAACCUUGACCCCGCCCCCACCACGGGGUAGCUGGGGCACAGUCGCCAUGGCGACGGGCUGUACACUACUACGGCUCUUCCGGCCGCUGGUGCUGGCUGCCAGCCUGCCCGGGGGUCAUGGCCUCCCAGCAGCCGCGGUGCUCCAGCUUCUCGUCCACGUCGAGAACACACCCACGGCUUUCAGUGACCAUGGAUGACUCCUUUCUCUCAGAAGCCAAGAGCAACCAGAAACGCAAGCUCUCUCAGAAGCAGAAGACGCUGUAGCUGGCAGCAGCAGUCCUUCAGCACCACCAAGCCCAGGUACCUGGAGCAGCUAGAGAAUUAUUUACGCAAGGAGCUUCUUCUGCUGGACAUGGGCACGGAUUCUACCCAGGAGCUGAGGCUGCAGCCCACCAAAGGGAGAAGAUUCGGGCUCUGGAGCCCCUGAAGGCCAAGCUUAUCACUGUGAAUGAGGACUGCAACGAGAGGAUCCUGGCCAUGAGGGCUGAGGAGAGAUACGAAAUCUCCAUGCUCAAGAAAGAGAAGAUGAAUUUGCUAAAACUCAUUGACAAAAAGAAUGAGGAGAAGAUCUCAUUGCAGAGUGAGGUAACCAAACUGAGGAAGAACUUGGCUCAAGAGUACCUGCACUACCUCAGUGAGCGAGAUGCCCGUAAGAUCCUCAUUGCAGACCUGAAUGAGCUACGGUACCAGCGGGAGGACAUGUCACUAGCCCAGUCCCCAGGCAUCUGGGGGGAGGACCCCGUGAAGUUAACACUGGCUCUGAAGAUGACCCGGCAAGACCUGACCCGUACACAGAUGGAACUCAACACCAUGAAGGCCAACUUUGGAGAUGUGGUACCCAGGAGGGACUUUGAAAUGCAGGAGAAGACCAAUAAGGACCUUCAGGAGCAGGUGCUUGAUGGGCAGGCAGGGCCAAGCAGGGCCAGGCAGGGUCAUGCCGGUGGGUAGGUAGGACCAAUCACCUUGCCCACAGUUGGACAGCCUGAAAGCUGACUAUGAAGAGGUCCGCAAGGAGCAUGAGAUUCUGCUGCAGUUGCACAUGAACACACUGAAGGAACGGGACCAGUUCUUUUCUGAGCUGCAGGAGAUUCAGCGCACCUCCACACCUCGGCCUGACUGGACCAAGUGUGAAGAUGUGGUGGCCGGGGGCCCAGAGCGCUGGCAAAUGCUGGCCAAGGGCAAGAACAGUGACGAGCUGGUGGAUGUGCUUCUGGAGGAGAUUGGCGAGGGGCUGCUCCGGGAGAAAGACUUCUUCCCUGGUCUGGGCUAUGGCGAAGCCAUCCCCCCUUUCCUUCGGUAUGAUGGCCUUGUGGAGAACAAGAAGCCAACCAAGAAGGAUGUGGUAAACCUCCUCAAGGAUGCCUGGAAGGAACGUCUUGCGGAGGAGCAGAAGGAGAAGUUCCCAGAUUUCUUCUUUAAUUUCCUGGAGCGUCGCUUUGGGCCCAGUGAUGCAAUAGCCUGGGCUUACACCAUUUUUGAAAAUAUCAAGCUCUUCCGUUCCAAUGAGGUCAUGAGUCAGUUUUAUGCAGUCUUGAUGGGAAAGAGGAAGGAGAGUGUGUAUGUCAACCAGACGGAGACAGUAGCCCAGCUGCUGAAGGAGAUGACAAAUGCUGACAGUCAGAACGAGGGGCUACUAAACAUGGAGCAGUUCAGCACUAUCCUCAGGAGUACCUUCCCUCUGAAGAAAGAGGAGCAAAUUCAGGAGUUGAUGGAGGCAGGUGGCUGGCAUCCUGACAGCAGCAAUGCAGACUUGCUCAACUACCGUUCGUUGUUUACGGAGGACAAGGAGGGCCAGAGUGAGCCCUUUGUGCAAAAGCUGUGGGAACAGUACAUGAGUGAGAAGGAUGAGUACUUACAGGAGAUAAAGCAGGAGCUGGGCCUGGAACUCCGUGAUGAAGUGACCCUACCCAAGUUGCGUGGGGCCCUGAUGAACAUCGAUCCGAGCAUGGACAAGCAGACUCUGAGCACCUAUAUGAGCCAGGCCUUCCAGCUCCCCAUGUCAGAACUGCCAGAGGAGGGUGAUGAGAAGGAACAGGGCAUUCUGACAUGGCUCUGCACUGCAUUGGAACGGCUUCAGGUGGCUGACAUCAGGCGCAUGGGGCCUCGAGAGCCAGAACCUGCAAGCUAGGACCACCAUGGACAGCCUAAGUGCUCCAGUGUUGCUAACCCUGAUUUUAGUAUAAAAUUGUUUGUCUGAACCCA